CCACGACCUACCGUGGACAACAUCAUUCGAGGAGUGUCCAACAUGCGGGCACACUGCGAUGGCGGCGUUCAAGAUGCGGCAUUCCAUGAUGACGCUGACGAUGGAGACACUUAGGACAUGGAGCCAGUGGACGACGACGAUGACGUCGAAAUUCGGCCGUUGGGGAAAACGACAGGGAGGGGGAAAGGACGCCUCAGAGGCGGUGGUUGUGGUCGAUCCGGUGGGCGGGGCGGCAGAGGAGGCGCAUCCGAUGAUGGUGGGAAGUCGGUGACAUAUUGGUCGACAGACGACCAAUUGCGGCUUGUCAGAUGUAAGCGGGAGCAAGACAUGCACCUGGCAGGGUUGGGUCACUAUUACGGUUGGAUGCGAACGGAGGAGUGGAAGUGGGACGACAUUGCGAAACGGAUGGCCAACAUGGGGACGUCGAAAGAAGUCGAUGACUGUUCCAGGAAGUGGGACAAUCUAUUUCAGAACUACAAGAAAAUACAGAGAUUUCAGGGGAAGAGCGGUGAGGCGGAUUUCUUCAGGUUGGCGAACAAAGAGCGGGAGGAGGACAAUUUCAAGUUCAGGAUGGAGAGGGUGCUGUACAACGAGAUCCAUGCGAGCAUGCUGGUCAACCACACCAUUUUCCCUCCCAACAUCGCCGACACUGGUAGUCUGGAAGUAGUGCAGUUGCCGAGGCGAGGAGUGGGAGGUGGGGAGUCCGUCGGAAGUGAAGCCGGUGGUGAUGGCAGCGCGGACGACCGUUCUUCGGCUAGGGACUCUGGUCAGAACGCAGGUAGCGGGGCCGGAGGCGGAAAGCGGAAGAAUGCACGUCAGCAGACUUUUGAGGCAAUCACUGAAGUGAUGGACCGGCAUGGGCAACUCAUGGCGUCGACGAUUGAUUCGUUGAGCAAGCGGCAGUGCAGUAUCUUGACAAGGCAAUGCGACAUAUUGGAGCAGGAGGUAGCGGUUCAAAGAGCGCAUUAUGCGGCAUCCGACGAAACGUAUAAGAUGAUGUGCCACGCUCACAUGGAGAUCGUUGCCGCCAUUCGUGGUCGUAAGGCCAUGUCUCCAAGGGGCGGAGGCGGUUCUCGUGCACGAGGCAAGAAGCUUGAUGCACCUCAUGACGACGUUGGGGGAGCGGACAGAGGAGUGCGACAUGUGAUGAAGGCAAAAAAGGAUCGUCGAGACGGCGCGUCAUUCAGCGGCCCCCGAACGGACGGGGAUGGAUGGGGAAGACCAAACGAGACCGAUGAUAAUGACGUCUUCUCGAUGGGGGCUCCUGACGAUCAGCCGCCGCCACUACCGUCGAACAUUCAUGCAAUCGCUGGGGGGUCAUCUGCGCAGGUGACGACUCGCGACGAGCGCAUCAUCAACGUCGAAGUGAAUGAAGACACGCGGUUGGACGAAGGCCAAGGCGGUGUGGUGCCCGAACGUAGCGCAAUUUAUCCGCUUACACUAUCGACGACACCACGUCAGCAGCGCGCACUUGUGGCCACAGGGGGAGCGGUGCCGAAACAGGCAGUCCCACUGCCGGCAACGCCACGUCAGCAUCGUGCGGGCGAUAAUGUCGGAUCUGGUGUUGCGGCCACCACUGCGACGGCGGUGGAACCGCUGCAACCCCGCCACGCAGGUGCGGACGUGGGAGUUGUGGCAGGAGCACCGUGGGGGGCGAUGGGGGAAGGCCGCAGGGGGGAGGACGUGGCGAGCGCAACGGAGGUUGCGCGUGCGGAGAAGAAAAGGGGGGGCGAGGAUGACGAACCUCUUGUCAACAGGGUGCGCAAAGGCGGACUGGCAAAAGAUCUGGCGGAGCGGGCGAGACUGUGGGUCGACGACAAAUCAUUCUGGACGUCAAGGGAGGGGCGCAUACUCUACAAUAUCAUCAAUGAGACACGUGAGCACCUCGUCACCAUCGCAAGCGGGCUUCCACUCCCGAAUGUCCUAAGAAGCGUCGCCAUGCCCAGAUCCAACAUCGCGCAGAUCAGGGUCACGGAUGCAGGGCAGUUGCAGGGAGCAUUGAGUCGCGCAUCGAAAGUCCAGAGUCUGGCCUUGCGGGUUUUGCAUGGCUGGGUCUUCAAAUCGGGCUCCAGAGAACGAGGAUACAAUGUCGCCUUCCAGUAUGUAGUUGAAUCUGUGGCGACUGACAUUGCGCACUCACUAUGGCAUGGUGAGAAGUGGAGUAACGCUGUCAGCCCCGCCGUUUGCGCGCACACGCUAGACAUGGGGAUGGACCUCCCGCUGUGGUUUGUUGGGGUGCACAUCGAAGACAGGCCAGCAAACGACGAGAUGGCGGCGUACCAGGAGGCAACUGUGAUGCAACUGAUUGCGGCAUUCAGCACGGCGGUCGAAACGGCCCAAAAUGUCGAUGGGGGACACGUCGCACAUAAACGUUUGUCUUGUCUGGCUGAAAGCUUCAAGGAGUUGUUGGCGGCGUGCAUGUGGAUCAUUGAACUUCAUCAUUACGACGAUCAUGAUGAUGAUGAUGAUGAUUACGAUGAUUACGAUGAUGAUGAUAAUGAUGAUGAUGACGACCACGGUGACAACGAUGAUGAUGACCACCAUGAUGACGAGUUGGCUAUGUGGGAGAAGCUGCGAAAGGCCCUGCAUGGUGCCCGUCAUUGGUUGUAGGUGGCGCUAUAUUUUUCGUAAUUUUGGUUUGGCGGGCAUUGCAGUAGAUGGUCAGUUUUUGCGUACGGUCAUUAUGGCAGUCCAGUGUUUGUUUUUGGUUUUUGUUUUUUUUUUGUACGAAAGGCUCGCUUCGUGCACCUGUUUAUUCCUUCCCAAGACGUUGAUGAUGACGACGUGCAUUGGUGUGGCAGCCGGGGGGCCUUUUUAUUUUGGAGGACAAUCACCCAUUCGAAGUUCACGUCCAGACGAACGGGUGGUGUGUGUGAACGAUAUUAAUUGUUGCAGUUUAGCGACUUUUUUUGGUGUAUCAUUUUCAGAAGACCUUGCUAGGCUUGUCGUCGCCUUCAUACAUGUCUGAAUGUUGUCAUCUCUGCAUUCCAUGAACAUUGCGUUGCAUUGAUUUUUUAAUUUUUUUUUUGUAAACAGGAAGUGUGAAUAAAUUAACAGAGCACGU